AUGCCCCGUGCCUUCCUGGUCAGGAGUCGGCGUCCACAGCCACCCAACUGGGGCCACCUGCCUGAUCAGCUCCGGGGAGAUGCCUAUGUCCCAGACUGCAGCAACCAGCGGGGCCCACCAGCAGACCAGUCUUCUGGGGACUCUUGGGUAGCGCAACCCAUGCAGGACAGUCUGGCCUCCACUCCCAGGGACCCGGGGACCCUGGGCUGCCCACUCUGUCCCAAGGCCUUCCCUCUGCAGCGCAUGCUGACUCGGCACCUCAAGUGCCACAGCCCUGCGCGCCGCCACGUGUGCCGCUGUUGUGGCAAGGGCUUUCAUGAUGCCUUCGACCUCAAGCGCCACAUGAGAACGCACACCGGGAUCCGGCCAUUCCGCUGUGGAGCUUGUGGGAAAGCAUUUACACAGCGCUGCUCCCUAGAAGCUCAUCUUGCCAAGGUGCACGGGCAGCCGGCCAGCUACGCUUACCGGGAGCGCCGGGAGAAGCUGCAUGUGUGUGAGGAUUGUGGCUUCACCUGCUCCAGGCCCGACGCGUACCUGCAGCACCGGGCUCUACAUCGUGCUGCUUGA